AGGUGCCGCCACCAUCUUCACUACAACCAUUAAUUGGGAAGUGUUUUGACAGGACAUCGGGCACUUUGUAUACUAUGUGCCCGGUGACCGACGACUUUUCAGUGUAAUCAAAUGAGUGGCCAUUCAACUUUCGUCAGGGAUUGUUGGGAUUACUAAAAGACAUAAGAGCCAGAACAUGCCGCAAGACUCGGCCACCAAACCAAGCAAAACGAAGGGAAUAAAGAACCUUGCUCGCGUUCUGAGUGACAAGGACUCCGACCUACCAUCUCCUUACGCCAAGAAUGACGACGGUGAAUCCGUGCUACCAUCGGCAUUCAGGGGCCGCCUGUACGAGCUGUUCGGCCAGAUCGAGAAAGAGUUCGAGUCGCUGUACGCCGAGAAUCUCGCACUGAAGGAGAAGGUGGAGACGCUGAGCGAGCAGCUGGGCGCCUGUUCCCUGCUGCCGGCCAGCGGCGCCCAUGAGUUGGCCGUCGACGCGCACGUGGCCGGGGAGCCCGCCUCCACCGCCGCCGCGGGGGCCAAGGCCACGGCCAAGGCCAAGAGGGAGUCCAUGACCGCAAGCCAGCUGUCACAGAAGAUAAAGAGCACCUACAAGUUGAAAGCUUCCACCAGUCGCAUUGUCUCAAGCUUCAAGACAUCCAGCCUUAGCUGUCAGCUGGCUGUGAGCUACUUUGGCCAUCGCGAUGGGGUCUGGGAGGUCAGCACAUCACGCUCUGGCCUUUUGGUCAUUGCAACAGCAUCCGCAGACCACACUGCCAGACUUUGGGACAUUCAGACGGGCCAGUGCAUUGUGCAGUAUGCGGGACAUGAGGGUUCGGUGAACUCUGUGCGCUUCCACCCAACCCAAGACCUGCUUGUGACAGCCUCGGGAGACCAGAGCGCCCACAUCUGGAGGGCUGCCACAUCGGCAGCUGCCGCUCUGGAUCUGGUGAAAGGGCAUUCAUCUGAAGAUGAGGUUGACCUUUCAGAAAAGGAGGAUGAUAUUGACUCUGCAAGCAAUGUUCUUGUGAUGAAAAGCCCUUUGACUGAGCUAACAGGCCAUAGCAGUGUUGUGAUAGCAUCCGACUGGUUGUCGGGUGGGGACCAGGUGAUCACUGCAUCCUGGGAUCGCACAGCCAAUGUCUACGACGUUGAGAAGGGAGAGCUUGUCAUUCAGCUUGUUGGCCAUGACCAAGAAUUGACCCACACCAGUGCACACCCGACGCAGCGUCUGGUGGUGACGUCCUCCAAGGACACGACGUUCCGCCUGUGGGACUUCAGGGAGCCAAUACACUCGGUCAGCGUGUUUCAGGGCCACACAGAGGCUGUCACCUCUGCCGUGUUCGCAUCGGCAGACAAGGUUGUGUCAGGAAGCGAUGACCGCACGGUUAAGAUCUGGGACUUGAAGAACAUGAGGUCACCGCUGACAACAAUCAGGCUGGACUCACCUGUUAACAGGCUUGCCAUCUCCAACCAGAAUGUCAUAGCCAUUCCGCAUGACAACAGGCAGGUCAGGCUGUACGACAUGUCUGGAGUUCGUCUUGCAAGGCUGCCCCGCAACAGCAGACAGGGCCACCGGCGCAUGGUGUGUGCUGCCGCCUGGCUCGACACAGACCAGGCCAAUGUCAAGGCGAAUCUCUUCACCUGCGGCUUUGAUCGCAACACUCUGGGCUGGAAUGUUGGUGUACCUUCCAAGGAGGAGUGCAAGGCCAGCCUUCUGAAGGCCAACUGAGAGAUCGAAAGCUCUCCAGAUUCCUUUUGUUUCUUGCUCUGUUCCCCCACACGUUCCCAUGGGCCAGUAUGAAAUCUGCCACAGCACGUAGAGGGUGCAGAAAACUUUGUCCCGAAAACAGGGCUACCUAUCGCAAGCAGUGGUGAACAUAUCAGGUGCGGGAUGUCUGCGUGCAGAUGGCAGGAACAACUUCAUAAUUUGCGUGGCGAGCCUGGCGCCACGUUGGACAUUAUUCUCGUCUGUUGAAUUUAGUGUAAAAGAAACUUUCAUUUUUUUCCCCUUUUUUUCAUGCAAAAAUACUUAUGCUGUAAGAAAGUGCUGUUGAGCAGCACAUUAUUGUUUUUCGGUGUUGGUUUAUGAACAUCCUCCAUUUUUUUUUACAUUUUUUUUUCACACAAUAAGCAUGAAUUUUAAUUUAGCUGUGAAUUCUGUACAACAAGUGGGGAUAGCCCUGGCAUAAAACAAAAGCAAAAACAGCAAGCGUCAUGUACAAAGGACCCUUGUACUGACGUACCGUUGCACUCCUCCUUCGUAGACUUGGAUCAAGGCUUGACGAGUCUGCGAUUUGGACUUCACAGUGUCGCGAGCUUAGGUGCAGUUGGCUGUAAGCCAGGCACAGGGAGUGUUAAAUACCGUCAGUCUUGCAUUUCUUUUCAGCUCCAAUUGUGGAAUGUACAAUGUAUACAACAGAGAAAAGACGAGGCUUGUUGCAAUAAUACUAAUCUUUUCAUUUGAGUAGCAAUGAUGAGCUCAGUUGUCGUGACACGCAUUCUCGUGUGAGUUACCAAAGGAGAGUUCAAGUGAUUUGCGAACACAGUUAAUGUUUUAGGCAUCUGUUUUCUCUGUACAGUUUUGACACUUGUUUUAUUUGGUUUAUAAAAAGUUGCAUUACAUGCAGAGGUUGUUGUGGAUGUUUAUCCUACUGGCAGUGUCCAUAAGUGAGCAGCUGUUACUAGCCCGUUGUCUCCAAAGCACUACACUGCUUAAUAGUAAUAGUAAGUACUAUUACUAGACUUGACAGACUUGCACUUGCUCUGUCUUACCCAAUGCAUUUCAUUCGAGAAGUCCCCCAACCACGUGAAUGAUUCCGCAAGGCCAACUAAGACAAUAACUUGUUGUGAACCACACAAACUUGCAUUUCUUCAUGUUACAGCCUAUGGCAUAUUCAAAAUUUGCAUCCACCAAUUUACAGGCUGGUUCUUUUUUGCGCCAUUAGCAAUUCGCCCUAAAGUUCAGUUGUUUUCAGUUAAUGUGUAUUGCGAGUGACACACUUUGCAAGUGUGACUCAAUGUGGCCACGUAAAUAUCAUUCAAGUUGACUGAUUUCAUCGGAAGGUGCCAUAUCAAGAAUGUGCGACGACUGUGAUGUGGCCCUGGACAUGCUAGCUUUGUGGUUAUGCUUCUUCUGGCUUUAGAGUAGCCUGUUGUCUUUAGCAAAUGUCUAAGUUGAAUUGAUUUCCGUAAAGUAGCCUUCAAGUACUCCCAUGUGGUAUGGUCCCCUGUUGGAUGUCAAGUUCGUCUAGCCAGAGUUUUUUCUCUUCAGGACCCAAUCCCAGACUACUAAAUACGUUGCGCUGAUCAGCUAAAAGAACAAAACUGCGCUUUCUUUUCCUUUCGAUGUGCUAAUCUCACUUCUCCUAUUUCUAUAUAGUCUUGUAACAAGUGGUCCAGUGUGCUAUUCAUUAUUUACUUGGAAAAAUGUCACUUUGCGAGUUGUUUUACAAAGUUAAUCAUAAACUAGUGACAUUCCAUCCGUGAACUGUCCUGGCUGCCCUGUUUUUUUAGUGUCCAUACAUAUGUAGUUUGGUGUCGGCUUUCGUCACAUAUGAUGUGUUGAUGUAAAUAGUAUCUAAAUGAUCUGUUAGAAAUGUGUGUGCAUAUGUGCAUGCGAUGUAUCCACUCUGUUCUAGUCUCCUUGUACAGGCACAGUUGAAAAAGACAGUUGUAUAGACUUUUACCAAAAACCUUGUUUAUUGCUUUUUUUUUCUUGCCUUAUUUGUCCAGAAAACAAUUGGCGUCUGGAUUCUGACACAACCGUUUCAAGCAUGUUAGCAACCCUGUACACUUAUUAAAGACAUCUUGCGACCUUUUCA